CUGCAGGGAGAUUUAAGGGAAGAAUCAGAACAUCGCAUGCUUGAAAGUUGAAACCGUCUCUCUCUGUGUACAGCUCACCACAUGGUGAGAGGGCGGUUGCUAUCCUACAUAGGGAUUCUUAGGUCAGAGUGAUGUGUGGAGCCAUUGCAAGGCAGGGAGGUCACCUUUAUUAGGGCCCAACUAGUAGACGGCAACCUGCAUGGUGGCAAUGGAUUGGUGCGGAAAUGAGGAGCAUGCAGGUGGCAAACUUGAAUAAAGUCUCCAAAGAGCAUCACGUUGUGGGGGCAGGUUCAAAAGUGCAGAGUGUGAUUGACACGACUUUUCAAUGCGUAGAAAUGCGAGUACCUGAGUUUGUUGGAAUGUAGGAUGGACGUUUCUAUGCAGAUGGCACAGUCCAUUGCAAGUCAACUCCUGAUUGCCGAACGCGAGCAGAGCAUCAGCAAUCUGCAGAGAAAAAAGGAGCUACAUGAUUGGAUGAAUUGGGUCUCCCAGUGUCAACCUUGUGGUGCCGAGUCAAACUCUUUUUUCGCCAAACUUCUUGAUAUCUGGGGCACCAGCCUUUUGCAGUAGAUUUGUAGAGCUUUCGGCUUUGGGUUAGGCAAUGGAGACCAUGCGACGAGCUCACUGUUGCUCUGCUUUGAAUGAGCACGUCUCUUUCAAGAUUAGCCCUUCAGUGCAAGUUCUGCAGGCUCCAGGGAUAGCUUGUGGCACAUCCAAGCCCCCAUCGUCUGUGCUCAGACCGCAGAAGGAUGCCCUUUCUGGGUAUCGCCUCAAACAAACGGAGCUGACGGGAACGUUCCCAAGAGUGCGGGCCCGAAGCAGCGGGCCCCAUUCAGCAACGCUAGCAUCGCAAGUUCAGCCGCGGAUUGGUGGCCCACCCGUCAGAAAGAGCAGUAAAGGUGUGAGCACAGCUCAAGACAAGAAGUCUAAGGAGUCUGAAGGUGAUGAUGCGCACGCGCAGAUCCGCGCUCUCAUUAGCCGCAUCAGCCAGGUCAGGCUUGGCUGGGGUCAGAAUGGGGACGCUGGGAAUCAGCCAAGCACGGAAGUGAGGGAGAAAAGCGAGGGGCUGCUACAUAGGUUGGUCAGUCUACAGCACUUUGCAGAGCAGCACUCAUGGCCAGAUGGGGAAUUGCCCGUCCAAGUCGUAGCAACCAUGAGAGCCCUGUCCCGCGAGCUGGGCUCUCUUGAGAACAUCGUCAGGUUAGCAAACGACUCUGGUGCAACUGUCACCCGGAGCAGGGGUUCCCCUGGCAGCCUCGUGCCGUCGUCCUUCCCGUCAAAGGCCCCGCUGCCAGUGGUGGCUGUGAACAAUCGCAGAAAGCUGCAGACAACUAGAUCGCAGGAAGUGCAGCAUGAGGCUGUUAAGGGGGGACAGGGCGAGGAGGAAGGGGGCUUCCAUAGGAGUCCAGAUAGCCAGUCCUCUUCUAGCAGAUCAGUUGAGGGUUCCGAGUAUGCUGUCAGCGCACCUGCUGGCAAGGGGGCCUCUCCGCUGGCUGCAUUCCGGAAGGAGAUUGAGCGCCGUGUCAUUGAGCAGCUUUCCUCCAAGUUGGAGCUGCCGGCUCCCGUGAAGGUCGACCGCAGCAUGGGCCCAGUGAUGCCAGCAGGCACUGUGCAAGCCCCAUCAGAACAAAGGCAACCAUGGACAGAACAAGAUGAUUGGGCCUGGAGUGGAGAGAGCAUCUUGGACACAGGUCUGGCGGAUCGUCGGAAGGCGGAGUUUGACCUGGGGCCCUCAGAGAAUGUGCGGGCGGAGAGCUCCUACUCUGCCAGCACCAGCGGCAGCGAAAGCUGGAAGCACCAGCAAUAUGUGAAGGGGACAGAGAUCAUUCGGCAGCAAAAGAUCAAGGCAAUGGAAGAUGAGGUUCGAACAGCGGAGUCAGAGCGCCUAAAGCUGGAACUGCAUCGGAUGGAAGCAGAGCUCAAGUCCGCAGAGAGCAGCACGGGUCGGGUGCGCAUCAAGGAACUGGAGUCCAAAGUGCGGCAGCUAGAGCUGGAGCUGAGCAGAAGCGUGCCGCUCAGCAUCCACGACGAAGUGGUGAAGAAGCUGCAGGGCACUGUGUCCGAAUUGCGCGGGCGCAUCCGCGAGCUGGAGGGCUUUGUGCGCGAGCGUGAGUCCAUGAUUACCGUUGUCAGCAACAACCUGAUUGCCGAGCGCGACGUUGUCGUGAAGAAGCUCACCGCCGAGCUGUCCAAGCGCGUUACCACGGACGAGGUUGAGCGCGCCGUUGCAUCCGCUGUUGACUCCGUCCGAGCAGAACUUUCUCAUGCCCAGAACGAGGUGCGCCAAUUUGCCAGCGCUCUCGAGCGGCGAGAGGAGGAGCUGCAAGAGCGGAUGCACGCUUGGGAGGGGGAGAAAAGGGCAGUUAACGAUGAACUAGAGGCGACGAUAAAACGGAUGGUGGCAGUGGAGGCGACGGUGGACGCGCGGCGUGCGGAGGUGCUGCAGGAGCAAGUGCGGGCGGUGGAGCUGGAAAGGGAGCUGGCGCGGCUCAUGGAGGAGAGGAGCACGUUCAUGGCGGGGGCAGUGCAGGAGAAGGAGGCUCUGCUGCUGCAGGUUGCCAUGCUGGAGAGCUCGCUGACUGAGAGCGAGCGUCAGGCCGGGGGGUGCUUGCAGCAACUCCCGGGAAGUGCGCUUACGAAGUCGGAAGUUGAGCCCCUGUCAGGCCGGCAGGACGCUGCAGAGGACGUGGUGCAACUAGAGCGGGUGCGCUUGGAGCUCAAGAGCCUGAUGAAGGUGGCGGAGGCGGGGCAGGUUGCGCUGCUGGUGAAGAAGAUUGCGGACCUGCUGGUGUCGAUCUCGAAAGAGGGGGGAGCGAGCGGUCCCCCUGCAGAGUGGGGCGCAGCGGUCGCUGCCAAUGGGGAGAUUACGACAAACGGGGCGGUCUUCCCAGCGGUGGUUGGAGGGUCCUUAGUGGGGGGUCGGGCUGGGUCGAAUGUCGAGCAGAGCCUACUUUCUGCGGUUGGGGCAUCGGUGAACGGCGGUAGGGCCGCUGCGGAUGUAGACGAGUACGACUCCGAAGGUUCUGACGGCGGGUACGAGACGGAGGAGCUGGACGAGGCAGCACCGGUAGAGAAACAGGCAGCACCCGUUGAGGUGCCGCCACCGGCAGAAAAGGCUGGGGGCCCUGUCGAGACAGAGGUCGCUCCUCCGGAAGAGGAAGACGAGUCGGCGCAAACGGAACCCCCAGCGCGCGUAGAGCGGCCUCCCUCAGAAGAAACGGAAACACCGGCUGCACCAGCGGAAGCACCGGAAGAAGUUUAUGAUGAGGAUGACGUCAAAGGGGGUGUGGAGUUGGCGCCAGAAGCGGGGCCCGGGCUGCAGGUGGAAACGAGCACGGAACGUGAUGGUGAAGGAGGGGAGGAUACUCCGACGAUCACAUUCUACUACGAGACUGGGUGGGAGACGGCGUAUGUGCACUGCUCAGCGGAUGGUCAGAGCUGGACGGAGCCCCCCGGCUUGCAGAUGACGGACGCAGUCAGCCCGGCAGGGGUGCAGGUCAAGAUGCUCGAAAUACCGGCGACCUCUCUCGAGUUUGUCCUCACCAACGGCGGCGGGGACUGGGACCAGCCGGGGCAUGGAGGCAAUUAUCACAUUGACCACGCGGGAACAUUCACCCUCCUCUCCGGAAGUCUUACGGAGGGGUAAAUGAAGUGCCUGGAGUUUUAGGGUCGUCUCGACCCAAGCCCCCCACUUGGGUCCUCAGUAUAUACCCUCCAUUCACGAUCCAACUUGAUGAUACACCAGUAGUUAGUGGCACUUUCAUUCUGAUUGGGAGGUUUGUAUCAGAAGAACUGUCGACCUGCGAGCUUUUAUAUGCGAAUACUUCUCAGAACUCGGUCUUCUAGGAAGCUGAGAGUUGGGGCCGGAAAUAAAGCCUAAGCUUGUACACACAGGCCCCUUUAGCUGGUGUCUAAAGAUUCUUCGGAGGCCUCAUAUUCGAGGCCUUCGUCAGUGUAUAGAACAUUGAAAAGGUUGAAAGUGUCUCCUAGUGUUGAUUCAGGUUGAGAUUGGACACUCUCCAAUCUCCAGAGCUUGACAGGAGUUGCGUUUGGAUUGGACCAGGCCCUCAUGGGUAGCACAGAUGAAGCAAUGCCUCCUACAGUCACCUAUCCAGCUGCAUUGAGUUUCUGUUCGACAUGCACCCUGUACAGUUCUCGACGGUUUCAGCUCGG